AUGACCGAAGAAGCUCAGAGCGAAGUUCCCAGGGAUGUAAGGCUGCUUCAUCUGCUGCUGGCUUCUCAGGCGAUACAGCAAUACGAGGACCAGGUGCCGCUGCAACUGAUGGACUUUGCACAUCGUUACACUCGCGGUGUACUCAAGGAUGCAAUGGUUUACGGAGACUACGCUUCAAACGACACCAACACUGAGCUGUCUGUGGAAGACGUGAGACUUGCCAUUGCAGCCAGAACUCACUAUCAAUUCAAGCCCACAGCUCCAAAAGAGCUGCUUUUGCAGCUGGCAGCAGAGCGCAAUAAGAAACCGCUACCGCAAGUGGUUAACAUGUGGGGUACACGAUUGCCACCGGAAAAGUACUGUUUGACAAGUAAAGAAUGGCGUUUGGAUGAAGAGGUUGAUGAAAAUGGAAACAAAGUAGGCUCCUAA